UUUAGAGUUUUAGAGUUUCCGUAUAAGUUAGGUUGAUCCAGUGCUACUCCUGCAAAGAGGCAAGCAGCACUAAAGAUGACUCCAACUUGCUCCAAUUUUUCUCUAACUGGGAGAUAGAUAACCAUGAGCCACCCACCAGAUGAAAAUUUUGACCUUAUGGGGGGACAUGAAGCUUCCAAAUUUUUGACCACCACAUUGAUGGAGCAGAACUGCUGAACAGAGAAGGAGAUGAACUCCCAAAGGCUACAUGGUACCCUGAUUUAACCGUAAAAAUUCCCCUCUUAGGUGUGUUUCCGGAUCAGAACAUCUUGAGAAGCUCGAAGACUAGAAGGAACUUGUAGAAUUCUGGAUAUAUCUACUAGCAAGAACAGUUGUUUUAAGUAAGUUGAGAUUCCAACCUUUUCUGUCAGGCAACAAGAGGUCGGAUACCAUUAAACUUGCAAAUCCAGGAGGCAUUGGUGUUAAUAACGAGAGUUAGAAUAAUUGAGAAGCCAAGAAUCACGCCAUACAUGAACUUUGGUACCAUCCCCAAUUCGCCAAAUAUAUCCUUGACGCAAAUUCUGAUAAGCAGUCCAUAUGCUUCGCCAUACGAAACGGGGAUUAUCCCCCGAAGUUGAUUCAGAAAGAUUUUGAGUUGGAUUUUUCGUGUCUACUGUUUAUUAAUAAAUCUAAUUAUGUUGUGCAGUUACUGUCAUUGGGCUCGUACGGGUACAUGGGCCAAAGGAUCAAGUCCACUCACUAUUCCAUUAGUCACUACCAUUUAAAUGGGCUUAGAAUGCUCAUUAGCACUCCAUAAAACCGGGUUUACUACUGGAGCUCACUUGCAACCCAAAUUUGUCAACUUGCACACAAGGCAUGUUCCUGGUUUAAAUGUGGGGAAAGUGUCUUUGUCAAGAGUUAGGCCUCACUCAAACAACAGAAUUGCUUGCACGUUUGCCCAAUUGGAAGAAGUCACCUAUUCUCAUGAGGAACAUGAAAAGAAUUGUCCUUUGGUUAAGAUGUGUGGGAUUACAACAGCCAGAGAUGCUACAAUGGCAGCAGAAGCUAGAGCUAAUUUUAUUGGAAUGAUCCUUUGGCCCAAUUCAAAACGUUCCAUUUCACUUUCAGUAGCAAAGGAAAUAUCAAAAGUUGCAAGAGCAAAUGGAGCAAAGCCAGUUGGGGUAUUUGUGGAUGAUGAUGCAGAGACAAUUCUGAGAGCUGCAGAUGCAUGCGACCUUGAAUUUGUGCAGCUUCAUGGAAAUGGUUCACGGGCAGCUUUUCAAGAUUUAGUGCGACAAAAGCAGAUAGUGUAUGUUCUUCAUGCUAAUGCGGAUGGAGACCUUCUAAAUAAAAUCUCGGAUGAAGAUUGCUCCGUGGUUGAUUGGAUUCUUGUGGAUAGUGCAACGGGUGGCAGUGGCAAAGGAUUUAACUGGGCGCAAUUUAAAUUGCCACCAAUUAGAAGCAAGCAUGGGUGGCUCUUGGCAGGAGGGAUCAAUCCUGGAAAUGUUUGUGAAGCUGUGUCUACACUAAAGCCUCAUGGUGUUGAUGUUAGUAGUGGUAUUUGUGGCUCAGAUGGCAUCAAGAAGGAUCAAUCUCGAAUAUCUUCUUUCAUGAGUGCAGUUCGUUCCGCAAGUUACUAGGAAGUGGAUUGUUACAGAUUGUCUGGCUAGAAACCAAAGAAAACUUAUUAAACUUGUUAUCGUUCAAUUAUAAUUUACUAAUGUCUCUUUUAUGGUGAAAAGUAUGGAUGUAGAUGUAGCAUGGGCUUGUCUCAUGCUAAAAUUCUUAGUUCUUGGGGCCAAUAAUCCCUCGAAAUGAUAAUCUCUACUUCAUUCUUUCA